AUGCAGGUUGAAUCAGUCAUUCCGGGUAUGAGGCCAAAAUAUUUGCCCGUUGAAGAUGACUAUGUCUGCAAGAACUGCACUCGUUUUGUCAACUCACCGGCGUUCUCGACCAAUGGAUGCGAGCAUUACUUCUGUUCGAAGUGCACUUCAGAGUUCAGGAAUAAGAUGCCCAUUUGUCCUGUCGAUAAAACGGCAUUUACUGAUAUUAAGGUAUCCGCUUGUGUUGGAGCUCCAAUAGUGGCCACGAUUACUUUGGCAAAUACUCGUUCUACAAUAAGCGGUGACGACCUUGAAAAUAUUUUUGACCUAUUGAAUGGAUGA